AUGCUGUUCCUGACAUUCUACUACUCUGGUGAAGCCAGCAAAAUCCAGAACCAAAAAUUCUACCGAUCAACAGUUGAUGCCAUGAAGGCAAAGGAAGCGAACCACGCUAAAACACAAGAGAAGAUCCAGAAUGCCAUGCACGCACCGGGAACCACACCGGGAGCCGGGACUGGCGCUGGCGCUGGCGCCGGAGCCGAUAAUGGGCCAGCGCAGAAAGCCGCCAUUCCUCCCGCGAACGAAGAAACCGAGGAUAUCCCUAUUGCGGGACGGACGAAGAUGACCGUCCCGAAGAAGCAGGGGACAGACGUGAAGGAAGCGCAGGGUGAAAGCGACCAGAAGAGCGAAGAGGAUAAAGAGCGCGAGAUGAAGGAAAAGAAAGAAGCCGAAGCGAAGAGCGAGUUGGAUGAUAUUCUCAAGAGAGCUCCUGUUGUCGUCUUCUCCAAAUCCUACUGUCCUCACAGUAAGAGAGCCAAGACAAUCUUGCUGGAGCACUACGCCAUCCAGCCCAAGCCCUUUGUGGUAGAACUGGACCAACACCCGCUCGGUCCGUCUCUACAAGCUUUGCUGGGCCAGAAGACCGGUCGUCGCACUGUGCCGAAUAUCCUCGUGAGCGGAACGAGUAUUGGUGGGGGAGAUGAUAUUGCGGCUCUGGAACAAAGCGACGAGCUGGCUUCGAAGCUGAAAUCAUUGGGAGGAAAGUGGAUCGUGGAUGUUGAGCAUCUGGAGGUCGAGAAAGGGCUAUGA